UGUAACGUUAAAAGUGAGUAGCGAGUGGGAGUAUUAAAAAGCCCUUUAGCACGAAAGCUGGAGGUUUCGCCAAGUGUGGCUGGCUGGCAUUCACAAGCAAAUUUAUUUUUUUUUCUUCCCCUUCUCUUUGGCUAUGGGCGAGAAAGUGAUGAAUGUAGCAGCAGGGGAGGCAGGGCACACGCGGGCGAUUGAUGCAUCGCAUUGGCAUUGGCAGUGAUCAAUCGUCCCAGCUACACAAGGAAUCAAGAGAAAAGAAUCGCAGCGCAACGGGACGGGAGAAGCAGCGAUUGGGAGAGCUAGCUCUCGGAUUUGGGGGUUUGUGGGUGCUCGAUUCGAUCGGUCUGUUCGAUCCGCGGGGACGCGAGCUCGCUGGGCGCACGACCCACGAGAUCUUUGCUCGCAAUGCGGCCGCCCAAUGGGCUAGAUCGACCCGGAGUAGCAGUAGCAAGCCAGUAGCUCAGUAGUAGUAGCUCUCUCCAGAGGAGGAAGAACAAGGUGGAAUAGGAAAGCUCCCAGGAGAGCUCGCGCGAGGAGGUUCUUCACACUCCCUCUCGCUGUCGCUCGCUCGCUUGCUCACACAGAGAUUGCUCGCUCGCGCGUGCCUGGAGCUGCGAAGUAGCUCAACGGAAGCUGUGAGGAGGUGGAUUGGAGCUUUCAUCGCUCGUCGCGCUCGCCCGACCACAUUAGAUGUGUGUGUGACUCGCUCACUGGCCAUUUGGUGGCCGGUUCCUUUCUUCUUUCUUUUCUCUUUCUUCUUCUUCUCUUCCCCGACGCCAUAGUUUGGAUAAGCCGAUAGAUAGCUCGGGAUUUAUGGUAUUUUCACUCCAAUCCGGAUCUCACUCGAGAGCACCAUGAUCGGCCUAAGAUGGCUGUCAACAAGCUAAAUAAGCAGCAAGAAGUUCUGGAUGUCUGCGUAGACACUACCAAGGAGAUUCCGGCUGGGCGAGUUCUUCGCAAGGCGACGCUGGUAUGGAAGCUGCUGGUGCUGCUCCUCGUCGCCGGCUGCGGCGUUUACAUGUGUUUGAUCGGCGUGGAUCGAAGAACCACGUACGAUCGGCUCAGCCUCGAUCCAAUCCAGCAGGUCUGGCGGCGAGAGAAUCUCUGCCCGAGGUUGUCGCGAGCCAAGUUCCCGCAACACUACCCCCAGCCAAGAACUUACUCGAGGAAGGAAUGCAGGUGCGUGCCAGUCCAUUUCUUCGUCCUCCUCUCGAUGCAGCGAUCCGGCAGUGGAUGGUUUGAGACGCUCCUCAACAGCCAUCCAAACGUGAGCUCUCACGGCGAGAUCUUCUCCAUCGGCCGGCGGCGCGCAAACUUUAGCACGAUCAAGCAAACACUCGACGAGGUCUACAAUCUGGAAUGGUAUUCCAGCGCUGCCAAGAACGAGUGCACGGCCGCGGUGGGAUUCAAGUGGAUGCUCAACCAAGGAGCUCUAGCACACGGUGACCAAGUCGCCGAUUACUUCCGCUCGCGCGGCGUCUCCGUGGUUUUCCUCCAGAGAAGAAACUAUCUCAAGCGAUUGAUCUCGGUCAUGGGAAACGCUUACGAUCGAGCAAAGCCGCUCAAUGGAACGCACGUCGCUCACGUCCACUCGCGAGAAGAGGCCGAGCUCUUGGCUUCGUUCAAGCCCACCAUCGACGUCGCAAACUUGCUCCAAAACCUCCGCCGCGUCCAAAACAUGUCCGACGAGACGCUCCGGAUCUUCGGCACGACACGCUUGACAGCGCUCUACUACGAAGAUCUCGUAAAAAAUCCUCGAAAGAGGGUGGACGUAGUUCUUCGAUUCCUGGGAGUGCCACGCCAAGAUCUCCGCAGCAAGCACGUAAAGAUCCACACGAGACCCCUCCGCGACUCCAUCACAAACUGGGACGACGUCUACAGGGCUCUCAACGGCACCGAGUUUGAGAGCCUUCUUCACGAUCGCGACUACUUGUGAUAGUGGAGGAAACCAAGACCAUCUUGACGGAGUGUACAUACAAGAGCUAGGCACGAUCGAUUCAACCUGGAAUUCUUCUCCUCUUUUUUUUUUUGUUUGAAGCGUGUGUUUUUGUCAAGAACAAUCGUUGACAAUCGAAAGAUUUCUUGUGUAAAGAAUUUGAGUUAUAGUAACACAAGCCUUUGUA